GUCAUCAGGCGGCGCCGCGAUUGUUGGUGCUGGCGGCGCCGGAGGAGGAGGAGGAGGAGGAAGGGGUCGCAGGAUGGAAGGGGAGGUCAGUUUAGAUUCAGUCUAUCAAGCUGUUCAAGCUUUGUACCAUCAUCCAGACCCACAGGGUAAAGAGAGGGCCUCAGCCUGGCUGGGUGAAUUCCAGAAGUCGAUGUUUUCGUGGCAGAUAUCUGACCAGCUGCUGCGGCUCCAGCGUGACAUCGAGUCGUGCUACUUUGCUGCCCAGACCAUGAAGAUGAAAAUCCAGUAUUCGUUUUACGAGCUGCCCCCAGGGAUGCACUUAUCGCUCCGCGACUCUCUGCUCACGCACCUGGAGUGCCUGAAGGACCUGUCCCAGGCCAUCGUCACACAGCUGGCCCUUGCUGUCGCAGACCUUGCCAUACAGAUGACAUCAUGGAAGAGCUGUGUCCAGACGCUAAUAGAAAAGUACGGCAAUGACGAAUCUGCACUACCGUUCCUGCUGGAGAUUCUGACGGUGUUGCCAGAGGAGGUGCACAGCCGCUCGCUGCGAAUUGGCACCAAUCGAAGGACCGAGGUCAUUGAGGACUUGGCUUAUCACGCCAGCAUGGUGAUCGGCUUAUUGACAGCCUACAUGGAACGCUGCAGUCACGAUGAAAAGUUGAUGAUUAAAGUCUUCCGAUGCCUCAUGAGCUGGAUUAACCUGGGCAUCCUGCACACUGAUCACAUUGCCAACAGCCAGCUACUGGUGGCACUCUUCCAGGUCCUUAGGCACAACCAAACAUCCUCAAACCUGCACGAGGUGGCGAGUGACUGCGUGUGUGCAGCACUAUAUGCAGUGGAGGGCUUGCAGGAGAGUCUACGGCUGGCACUACAGCUACAAGAAGGGGUGACAGCACUGGAGGAGGCUUACCACACUGCAGUCGCUUGUGAGGACAUGGACAAGGCAUUGAACUAUUGCCGGAUUUUCACUGAGCUGGCAGAAACGCUGUUGGAGAUGGUUAUCCGUUCACCGGGACAGGGACUGGGUGACCUCAAAACACUUAACCUUAUCUUAAACUGUGUCGGACAUGAGCAGUAUGAGGUGGCGGAGAUCACGUUCAAUUUCUGGUAUCGGCUGGCCGAAACACUCCACAGGAUGAAGGACCCCUCAGUGAACCAGAUCUUCCGGCCGUAUUUCCAGAGACUUACUCAGUCCCUCACCUUCCACUCCCAAAUGGAUCCCGAUCACGAGGGAGUUCUGGAUGAGACUGAUGACUUUUUCGAGUUCAGGUUACGGGUCUCCGAUCUUCUGAAAGAUAUUAUAUUCCUCAUCGGAGCUUCAGAGUUCUUCUCACGGUUGUAUUCCACACUGAAGGAUGGCAGCCCAGCCUGGGAGGAGACGGAAGCUGUGCUUUUCAUCAUGACUGCAUUGGUCAAAAACCUAAACCCGGAAAAGGAGCAAAGGCUGGGAGAUGUCGUUCAGGCAGUGAUCAGCCUCCCUGACAAUACACACUUAGCGGUGCAGCAUUCUGGAGUCCAAUUGUUGGGUGAGAUGGGGGAAUACAUCAACAACAACGUGCAAUGCCUAGAGCCGGUGCUGAACUUCCUGACUCAGCGCUUAAAGCAGAAGGAAUUGGCCAACGCCGCGGCCAAUUCGAUCCAGAACAUCUGUGCCAUGUGCAGUGACGCGAUGACACAGCACUUUGAGGGACUGCUGCAGGUCGCCUCAUCCCUGGACGCCCUCCCCAUUUCGCACGACUCCUCCAUCGGACUUCUCCGAGGUAUCUCCUUGGUGUUGGCUCGGAUGCCGUCAGACAAAAUCGAAGAAACCUUCCAGCAGCUCUGUUCCAUGCAGGUCACAGCUCUGAAGAAACUAUUGACAUCUGAGCAGACCAACGGCAUCUCGGCAGACCCAGCAGUGUGGUUGGAUAGACUGGCAGCAAUAUUCAGACACACAAAUGCUACAGUGGGAGAAGGGAGGCCGCACCCCUGUCAGAAAGUUAUCCAGGAGAUCUGGCCAGUGAUUUCUGAAACCCUGUACAGGCACCAGGCUGAUAAUCGGAUGGCAGAGCGUUGCUGCCGAUGCCUGCGCUUUGCGAUCAGAUGUGUGGGGAAAGGAUCUGCUAUGUUGAUUCAGCCCCUGGUGUCUCAGAUGGUGAGUGUGUACCAGUCCCAUCAGCACUCCUGUUUCUUAUACCUAGGCAGCAUUCUGGUGGAUGAGUACGGCAGCGAGGAGAGCUGCACGCAGGGUCUGCUGGAGAUGAUGCAGGCAUUUUGUGGACCAACAUUCCAACUGCUAGAACAACCUAGAGGAUUCCAGAAUCACCCUGACACUGUGGAUGAUCUUUUUCGCUUAGCAACAAGAUUCAUUCAGCGAAGUCCAGUUGUUUUGAUUCAAAGCCCAGUGAUGUCCUUAAUCAUUCGUUGCGCAUUGGCGGCAACAACGCUGAACCACCGCGAUGCAAACUCCAGUGUGAUGAAGUUCCUGCAGGACCUGGUUCACGUGGCGACAAUCAACAAGCACAAAGAAGAUUUUGAGCUACGGAAGAAUCUGGUCCAUGGAUUUCUCGGGGAGACCGGAGCGCUGCUUGUGGCACAGCUGGUACAGGCGUGCUGCUUCUACCUUGUGCCGAGCAUGCUAGGAAAUGUGGCCGACGUCAUGUGGGAACUCCGCAUUUUUGACCGGAAGACGUUCUGUCGGUGGCUGGAGGAUGCUCUCAAAGCCCUCCCGAAGGAGCUUUCAGCUGGGGCUAUUACAGCGACAGAGAAGCAAGUGACGGAGUUCCACAAGCAGGUUAUGUGCGCUGAAGAUGCUACAAUGAUAGGUUGGUCCCUAAUGGAAUUCUCCGGGUUCUACAGAUAGCGUCAUCAAGUUACCAAGGAGGUAUUAUUUAUGUACAAAGUCCCUAUCCUGGACACAGAGGCACCGUUAAAUGAGAGAGGAAUAAAUUGCUUGACACUCACUUAAACAGGAGUGAAGAGAGAACAGUGUACUUUCCACCUGAAAGGGCUGGAUUCCACAAGGGCUUGUACAGAAGGACGGGGGGUGGGUGGGGAAAGGGGGACAGAUCUGAUCCAGCUAUCGUGGCUUCAAAAUCAGAGGAUGGUGUCAUGUUUGCCUCGAUCUAGAUGAAUUCAUCCAAUGAAAUUGUCUGUUACAGUUGCACCUUGUUUUAAUACUGGCAACAGAAAUGGUCAUUCUCCAGGGUGGCGAUAGCUCAAUGUUGUAUUGGAUUUUGCUCAGAUGACUGAGGCAGAGGGAGUUAUUCUGUAUAAACUGCACAGUAUUCACUCAAAUAAGCACUAGAAUAUAUUGAGUUAAAAUAAGGUGUGAUUGAAUUGUAAAAUUCGCUCUUAAGGAGGAUAGUGUUGGUUGGGGAGGGGGCAAGUAUUGUCAUGUAAAUGAUGUACUGUCUGUCUUCCCAUCCCCCAUCAGUCAAAAAGUGAAGUUAUUGUUGCCCCAAUUUGAAUCUCCACUAUUGAGUCUCUUGCACUAAUAUACUGGGUUUGUCUGGAGGAUGCAAAGAUUUUGAUGAUUGGGGCUGGCCUUAGUAUUCAUCCAGAGAUGUGUCAUCUGAUUAAACAACUUCUGGCCCAAAACAUUCACGUGACUUAACUUUUCCCGGCUUGGGUGACUUGAUCAGCAGUUUGGCUCAGCUCGUACCAUUCUCACCUUAAGUCAGAAGGUCAUUGGUUUGAGUCCAUUCCAGGGCCUGAAUGCAUUAAAUAUAGGCUGACUGCAGUGCUGAGGAGGAGGGCUGUCUUUCAGUAGACUCAUCAAAAAGAGGUCCACCAAUUUUGGUGGGCAUUAAAGAUUCCACAGCAAUAGUCACAGCUCAUUAAUGUUUCCCCAUGAUGUCAUUAUUCCUCUCACAUGCUCCUCCACCUUAAAAUGAAUUGAUUCUUAAUCAUAUUUGGUAUUUGCUGGACUUCUGUGAGCUAGGUGGUCUCUGCAUUUAACUAGAUAAGUGACUGAAUUUCUUUGGCGUGCGCUGGGUCACUGUGUUCUGGCUCCUUUGAGAGCCAUACAAGUACAAAUUUGUUGCUUUUUCCCAAGCUUCCCAGUGGAUCAUCGGAAACCAACACUUUGAUGCCAAAGGGCACCAAAUCUGGCACAGCGUGGUGGGGGGCUCAAUCACAAAAAUAACCCCUAAAUAGAUUAAGAAUUAUUUACACUGAACACACCCCUCCCCGCCUCCCCCUUCAAUCCUCCACAUUAUUCUCCUGCAUUGAGGGCACAUCAUUAUUUAAGAACGGUUAUCAUUGAGAUUCUGUUACUUUCUGCCAUGAGUGCUGAAGAUGCAACAGGCACUGAUCGUAAUAUAAAGGGACACGUUUAUGAGUUUCUUUUUUUAAAAGAACCCAAAACCACCUGCUUACCCCAUUAAAGGUUUCUGACGAUAGCUAACUUGGGCAAGUUGUGUGAUCUCAUCAGCAGUGGCAGCCAGUAAAAUUGGGGGGAGUGGGUGGUGAGGGUAAUGAUUAAGUUAUAGUGAACAUUGCCUUCAAGUGGGUACUGGGAGGGAUAUUUUUUUUUUUAAAGAUCUCUGAUACUGGUUGAAUGCUGUUAUUUUGAGGGUUGCAUUUUUGCCCCUGUCUCUGUGCAGGUGUUCUUCCAUGUCACUCCACCUUGGCAAUUUGCCGUUGGUGAAAUCUGCACAGUACUCCUAGUGCUGGCACUCGACAGGGUAAAGGAUGCAGCAGGCCCUUGGGGUUGAAUUUAUUUUAGAUCCCUUCACCAAAUCCUGGAACAGAACCUGGACCUCCAAACCCCAUUGGAAGGCCAGAAGGCCCACACUCUGGAGUCUGCAACAAAUGGUCAUUGACAGCGCAUCGACACCAGUACCAUGACAGCCACAACUGCAGAAUAGCAAGGGUCACACAGCAAUCUACAGUUAUUGUCCAUCGCUACUGCAGCAACAAAUCACCAUGACCUUAACUCAAGGGCUCAUUACCCAACAGGGCAUGCCAAUCAGGUACUCUUCUUGACUGGGAUUAAAUAGUAUGCAAUGCAAUGCAGUCUGAUGAACUGAAGAUGCAUGCACAGUAAAAUCUUGUGCUGAUUUUGGAGUGGGUGGAUGAUGG